CUGAGGUACCGAGGGAGGCAUCCAAAGCAGGAGAUUUUUUUUGUUUGUUUUUCUUUUUUUGCGUUUUGCCAUAGAGGAGAGCCGCUGGUAUUUUCUCUGUUUUCCCUUUUGAGAAAGCUAUCGCCUGCCUGCCUCAACAUGAACUUCACAGAGCAGAUUUCAUUCCUCUUCAGCUGCAACGUCAGCCCCAGUGAAACGCCGAAGCUCGACAUCAGCGUCACCAAAAGCGAACCGCUGUCAGUCGCUGUACCCAUGACGAUCUUUUACAGCCUCAUCUUCUUGUUUGGCGUCGCGUUCAACAGUGUGAGCAUACUGACCCUCCUCAUGGAUGCUCACAUGAGAGUCAGCGCCAUUCGUGUCUACCUUCUGAGCCUUGUCAUUUCAGACAUUUUGCAGCUGUUGACCAUCCCAGUCACUUUGUAUCGGUAUUACUGGGAGAGCUAUCCAUGGCGCCUUGGCCAAGCAGUGUGUAAAGUGUACUUCAUGGUCCGUCAGAUGUACUGCGCCACCACGAGCUGGGUUAUCGUGACCUUCACCACAGAGCGUUACGCAGCAAUAUGCCACACCAUGUGGUCCGUCUCCAGUCUGAAGAAGUCUCGACUGCCAUGUCUCGUCACUGUGUGGAUCGUUUCCCUGGUGUCAGCUGUGCCAUUCGCACUGGUGUACGACCAGGCAAGAGCAUGCAUCCUCGACUACACAGCAACCACACAAGAAGAUGCUUUUAAGGUCUCCACCAUGUGUGAAAUGACAGAGCUCGAUCCUGCUCAUAUCUACAAAGGAGCCUUACUCCUGAGAGCAGGGCUCUUCUUCCUGGUCCCCCUGGUCUCCAUCUUUACACUCUACAUGCUCAUCCUACUCCACCUACGGAAGAAUGGUCGUCAAAGGAGAAACAUGGGUCUUAUGAGGCCAGAUUUAGAGGGAAGGCGAGACAUUCAGUGCCAUCGGAAUGGAAAGCUACUUUUAAAUGAAAAGAGGGCUUUAAAACUAAUGGGUGCAGUUGUGGUGGCUUUUUUUCUCUUCAACUUUCCAGAUAUUGCAUCGUCCCUCAUGCAGGUGUAUGUGGUUGUUUGGUCUGACAGAGUUCUUUCUGUCUAUACUGUCCUGAAAUCGUAUUUGUCCCUGCCGCUGUGGUACAUCAAUGGUGCUCUGGACCCGUUUCUGUUCUGUAUUUCCUCCCACACGUUUCGCAGGGCGUGCUGGAGAACAUUGAGAAGACUCAGACCACGUUGCUACUGGAGGUACCGGGGUCUGUCUUGGUUGAGGACACAAAGUUCUAGUGAGGAUGCAAGCACAAUGGCCAAGGAGAAGAUUGACGGAAAAUCCUGCAAAGCAAAAAGCGCCAAAAAGGAACAACUUUGAAAAAAGAAUGGAUCAGGCAGAUGUGGAGAGAGCUGGGGAAGUUCUUUUCAACGUUAGCUGCAACAAAAAGCACUCUGAACAAUAUGCUUUCUGCCAUGCUCUUAGAGACAAAACAUAUAAUUUUCUGCUUUCUCUCACUUCCUUUUGUUCAUGUAGUAUAGUGUUGGAGUGUCACUCAUGUAAAAAAAUGUUUGAUCACAGUUGUUACUUGAAAACGCUGUAAAAGAAAAAUGCUUUUGCUUGUAAGAUCCUAGUUUGUGACGUUAUUUCGGCAAUAGUUGGUUACACUGUACAGUCAUAUUGCGUGCUAAUGAAGAAAAACUCCAUCCUAUUUUUAAUGUUAUGUACCAUUAAAAGCAACAAUUACCUGUGAAUUCUUUUCUCAACCUAUUGUAUGUGUACAUGU